CUGGAGGUAAUACUGGACCUGUACUCGCUGGUGACGGUGGGGCUUGGAAACCGGGUGUAGCCAUCAUCGGAGGUAUGUUGAGACCCAUUGGCGGCCGGGCCAUCCCGGCGGGAGGCCCACGGAGUGUUGGUGCAGGUCCUCGGAAGCCGAAAGGAGGCGGCGGUCCUCGUGCAGCGAACGGCGGACGGAAUGGGGGCGCAGCUCCGCGUGGAAAUGCUGGUGGCGGCCCGCGGAAGGGCGGCGGGCCGCCGCGUGGGAACGCUGCGCCAUUGGACGGCGGGCCGUAGUGGCUCAUGUCGGAGAUGUCGUCACUAAGCCACAAAGGACAACACAAGCUUCAACAAGACUGUCGCCUGCGGGUUUGGAACUGCAAGAGGGAGGGUUCUGCUCUGGAGCGAGUGGCGGAAUGACUGCCUCCAGUGCGGGGAGCUACUCACUUGGGCGUCGAGGACUCCGAGAUCACUUCGAUACAGCAGGCCAGGAAUGGUUGGUGAAUGGUGUGGUGAACACAAUGUUAUGUUAUUGCCUUCAUUUUGUGACCCAUACUUAAAUCAAGUUUUGAAGCAUAUGACUACAUUUUGAGCUCUGCGAUCAAAAAUGGUCAUUGACAUGCCGCCGCCGCCGCCACCUCCGCCUGGAACGAUGCCGCCUGGCCCUCCACCGCCGAUGCCGCCGCAGCUGCAGGCCAUGAUGCGUCAGAUGCAGCAGCGCCAGCCAAAGUUCCAGCAGAUGCAGGCAGAGCAUCAAGGAGGUCGACGUGGUGGACGAGGGGGACGAGGGCGUGGUAGAGGACGUGGAGGCUUCCAGCAGAACUACAGACAGAACCGCAGCCACAACAGGCAACACUCACAAUUUAAACGCAAGAGAGGACCAAUUGACGACAUACGCGACGUCUCGAGGUUCUUCCUGCCGUCGUUCUUGGAGGACCCAUGGAAGGAGUUAGAGACCGCAAAUGGACCAGCCGCUGCAAAGGAGCAGCAUGUAGACAGACAAAGAGAAGAGAUGCGUCCUCGACAAGUACGCUAUGCUACGGAUAACGGACCGGGAAGAGUGUUUUUCCAGCCAUCCUUUCUCGAAGAUCCCUGGGCGCAAUUAGUGCGUUGAUACAGUGAUAAGACCAUUAAGGAAGCUUCUCGCAGUGAAAUGGCUGCAUUUGUUUCUUCUCUGAUAGUAGUGUGCGAGGUUUAGAAGACAACGGAAGCAGAAGCUUCGUGCUCUGGUUCGCGCCGAGAAAAUGUGAUAAACUUGGCUCGGUGCACUCGUGCGUUGAGGUCCUUGAUGAUGUGUGCAGGCUCGAUGCUGGAUAAAGCGAGCGUCAUGGUGAACGUUGCACUGUAGUGGACCAGUCGUGGGUACAGGUUAUAAUGUGUGAGAUGCGCUACAGACUCCGGGCAGGCCACGAUGCGAC